AUGACGUGGUGCCGUUCACUCAGCGGACGAGAGAGGAUGGCCGACCAGAGUAGGCAAGUAAAACUCGCAGCUGCAAAGAAAAAGCUGAAGGAGUUUCAGCAGAAGAGUGGCCCACCUCCCAGCUCCGCGGGGCCCAAGAAGAAGAGGAAGGUGAAGACCGGGAAUCAGCUGGACACGUCCACCCCUGACAGACACUCUCCGGACAAUGCCGCAGCGGAGAUGGAGGCCCGAGACUCCCCUGUGGCCCAGCUGCAGGAGGAGGCGAGUGGGGAGGCUGGCCGUGGCUCUCCCGUCACCGUGUCUAACCCUGCUAGCGAUAACGUUAGCGCUAUUAACCCUGAGUGUGUCAGCGACGCCACUGCUCUGCAGAACUGUAACCAAGAUUCCAACUGCCAUGAAAACUCUACUGAUGAAAACAGGCCCUUGUCGUCAACAGAAAGCCUUAGGCAGCUCUCCCAACAGCUAAAUGGCCUCCUCUCUGGGUCGUCCACGUAUGUCAAUGGAGAUGGAGCCCCCUCACCAGUCAACGAGAAAGAAUUGGAGGCUCGGAACCAGGAGCUGUCAGCUGCCCUGGACUCCAGCAACCUAACAAACUCGCAGCUCAGUGCCCAGCUCCAGCAGCUGACACAGCAAUCUCAAGAGCUGAAUGACCAGCUUCAGAAGGAGCGUAAGGAGUUUGAGCAGAAGUGUGUGAAGGAGCAGGGAGCCAUGCGGGAACAGCUGCAGGUACACAUCCAGACCAUUGGCAUCCUUGUGUCUGAGAAGACAGAGCUGCAAACUGCUCUUUCCUACACGCAACAGGCUGCUCGACAGAAAGCAGCCGACGCGGAGGAGCUGAACAACCGGCUUCAGGCCAGCAAGCAGCGUGUGUCUGAGCUUGAGAGAACUCUGUCCACCGUGUCCACCCAGCAGAAACAGCACGACAAGCAUAACAAAGAGCUGGAGAAGGAGAGGGACAGUCUGCGGCUGGAGGUUUUCAGGCUAAAUAACUCGAAUGAAGAGGCUCGGCAGCAGAGCUCUGAGCUGGCAGAACAGCUGCGUCAGCGCGUCGGCGAGAACAGCGGCCUCACGCUGGAGCUGGACGACCUGCGCAGACGCCUGGAGAUGGCCGACGUCAUGCUGCAACAGUUCUCCAACCAGUCUGGCCCUCCCUCUGCUAACCAGCAGGUCCAGCUGCUCAUGGAGGAAAAACACCAGCUUGAGGCCCACGCAGCUCAGAUGAAUGAAUCAGUGGUCCAGCUUCAGACGGAGCGAGACCAGUAUGCAUUACAGAUCCAGGAGGAGGGAAGAGUGUGGAAGGAGAAGACAGAACAGCUUCUGUCUCAGGUGACGAUGCUCUCAGAGGAGCGGGACCGGAGCAGUGCACAGAUCCACGAGCUGGAAGCCCAAAUCUCAGAGCUGAGGAGUGCUGCAGCGGUGAUGCAUGAGCAACAGCAGCAGGCGCCUGUGGACUCGGCCCCUUCAGGACCCUCAGAGACGGAGCAGGCGCUACAGGAGGCCCUCAACACGGCCCAGCAGCAGAGAGAUGGCCUCAGCCUACAGUACCAGGCACAGGUGCGGGACAACGAGCAGCUGUCCCGGCUGUGCCAGGAGCAGGAGGCGCGCGUGGAGGAGCUGGAGCGGGAGACGCAGCGCUCGGCCGAGGAGGUGCAGGACCGGCGGCGCGUGCUGGAGGACGCCCAGAGCGACAAGGCCACCAUCAGCCGCGCUCUCGCCCAGAACCGCGAGCUCAAGGACCAGCUGGCCGAGCUGCAGAACGGCUUCGUCAAGCUGACCAAUGAGAACAUGGAGCUGACCAGUGCGCUGCAGUCGGAGCUGCACGUGAAGAAGGAGCUGGCCCGCCGCAUGGGUCAGUUGCAGGAGGACCUGCACGACAGCAAAGAGCAGCUGGCGGAGCGCAGCGCGGAGGUGUCGUCGGCGUGCGAGCAGCGCGACCAGUACGCGGCGCACCUGCAGCAGUACUCGAGCGGCUACCAGCAGCUGGUGGGGGAGCGCGAGGAGCUGCACAAGCGCGUGCUGCAGCAGGCGCAGCUCAUGGACCGCGUGCAGCACGACCAGGUGCAGGGACAGGUGCAGCUCCAGCAGAGCCACCAGCAGCUGCAGCAGCAACAGGAGAAGCUGACGCAGCUGGCCAGAGAUAACGAGCUGCUGAAGUCGGAGGUGCAGGACCUGCUCAACAACUCGGCGUUGACCUCCACCUCCAGAGACCAAGGUGAUGGUCUGGAGAGCCAGUCUGUAGCAGAGGACACUGAGAAGUCCGCCAUCGCCAUCCCGGAGGACUUUGACAGCAGGGAGGAGAUGGAGGAGUUCCUGCAGUCGGUGCUGUUCCGCGUGGAGAGCGAGCGUGAUGAGCUGAGGAGGCAGCUGGACAUGGAGAGGAGGCUGCACCAGACGGCUCUCCAGCAGGUGGCAGCGCUGAGUCAACAGCAGCAGGUGGAGAGCAGCAGCCCCAGCCCCAGUGUGUCCGUCACAAACAUGGGGGAUUCGGGUGGCGUGCCCGUGGAGAUCCACGAAGCCCUGCGCGUUGCCAUGGAGAAGCUUCAGGAGCGCUUCACGAGUGUCAUGCAGGAGAAGGCCGACCUCAAAGAACGCACGGAGGAGCUGGAACACCGCUGCAUUCAGCUAUCGGGAGAGACCGAUACGAUAGGGGAGUACAUUGCUCUGUAUCAGAACCAAAGAGCCAUCAUGAAGCAACGGCACAUUGAGAAGGAGCACUACAUCAGCAUGCUGGCCAAAGACAAGGAGGAAAUGAAGGCGAAGCUGGCGGAGCUGCAGGACCUGGUGAUGCGGCUGGUGGGCGAGAGGAACGAGUGGUACACGCGCUACGUCAGCGCCGUCAGCAACGAGCCCCACAGCGCCCCCCUCGGGACCGACGCCGAACAGCAGGCCGCGCACAGACGCAUGGAGCUCAACGCUGUAGAUGGACCAGAGUCUAUGGACAUGAGCGCGGCGGCGGUCCUGGACCCAGCGUCCGAGUCGAUGGAAGAGCCACCGCUGCAGCAGCAGAGCGUCGCCGACGGCCAGCUCAUGGACAGCGCCCCCCUGAGGCCCAAAGAGGACGGCACGGCGCGGCAGAUCAUGCAGCUGCUGCAGGAGAUCCAGAACCCGCAGGCCCGGCCCGCGCCCUUCCUCGGAGAGAACCCCUGCAUCCCCUUCUUCUACCGGCCGGACGAACACGACGAGGUCAAGAUCCUGGUGGUCUGAGAGAGACGGACAGACACAGAGAGAGAGAGAUAGAGAGAGAUAGAGAGACGGAGAGAAACUCGGCCUAACUUCACUCCUCCUCCCGCUGCUCUUACUUGUAGCCCUCUCUUCCUCUCUCUUCUUCUCUUUCCUCCUCCUCCUCCCCCCCCUCUCUCUCCGUCUUCAUCUCUGGGAGGUGUCUGCUUACGGAGGCUGUCCGUUAGCGGCGGCUAUCCGUUAGCGAAGGCUGUGGUUGGGUGUCCGGUGUCCGCUCUUUAUCAUUAUGUGUAAUGGACUUGGUCUACGGAGUGCUGAGCCACCGUCGCUCAUAUAACGGGGUGAAUGGGCAUUCGUCUACCACUUUUCUUUCUUUUUCUUCUUGUGUUUUGUUCCAUAAAUCCCUAGUUCUCUACCACAGUGCUUGAGCGAGCUUGAGAGCGUUUUCCAGUUCCCAUCACCAGUUGUACAAAAGAUAAAUGUCUUACAGUAUCUAUCAGUAACAUAUUCAUAGAUUUAUCAGGGAAGAGGCCUUUCUACAUCUUCACCAAUGUUUUGCUUCUUCUUUUUCUUUCUGCAACAAAGCCUCUCCGAGCCUCCCCUUUUGACUAAGAAGUGCAAUAAAAACAUAGAAUAUCUGCUAGUCUGCUAAUGGCCACAUCUCUCUCCCGUAGACACGCGGUCUCUGGGGAAACUGGAUUUGAGGGGGUCACGGUCUGGGGCUGUCUCAGUCCCCCCAACAACCCCCCCCCCCCCACCCCCCCAGGCUCCGUUGUGUAUGUUUGUGAACACUUGAAUAGAUUUAUCAGCCCCGUCUGGCUGUUGUGAAGCCAAAAAAAGACUAAAGUUGAGACCGAGGGGAGUGAGAGAGGAGGGCAUCUGCUUGAAUGUUAAAAACACAGCUUCCAUCCAUCAGAGGUGUGUGUGUGUGUGUGUGUGAGUGUGUGUGUGUGUGCGUGCAUGUGUGUGCUGGAAUCAGGCGUGUAGUGGGCUUUGCUGGGACAGGAGAAGGCAGAAGGCGCUGUGUGUGUGUGUGUGUAUGACGGGUCAGAUGCCGAGCGCACUCUGAACCCUGAUCCACACGGCGAUGCGGACGGACAGUUGUUUGAAGAGGCACGUUGGACAGACAGACAGUGUUGUUCUAAACACAGAGAGAGUUUUCAGACGCAGGUCUGGAUUAACACCGAAGGACUAAAGCAGGGACUCCUGGCGGUCACACGUCCUUUCGUGUAGUGCAGCAGAGUUGGACAGGGUACAGUUAAGUAUUUUUGUGCCUAAUUAGAUACCGUAUAGAAGCUUAGGAUGUUGUAAUGAUGAAGUGUAAGACAAGACACUAGUGUAGGAGAGAGAGAGUGGGGGGGGGGUGGCUAGUGCUAAGAUUAGGGUGCCUGGUGUUCCUACUGAGUGUGGUGGAAGUUGUGCAGAGCCAUUUAUUCUCUUUCCCUCUCCCCUCGCAUCUUUAUCCAGAUUAAAACACUGAGAACUGGACACAAGGUCUGUACGUGAGAGGGAGAUAUGUUUUCCUUUGUUAUUUAUAAACAUGCUGGUCCACACAGCCGUCCUGCGCUGUAGUGUGUGUGUGUUUUUUUUUUUUUUUUUUUUCACUUUCUAGUAAGCAGACUUCAUAGUACCGUCAAGAGGGUGCUGACUAGUCUGAGCUUUUGGAGGAGGCAAAUACAUGCAUCAUGGGAACUGAAGUCUUUCCUCCGCCCCUGGGCGGCUGUGUCAUGGACUUCAACCCUCUGGCCUCUUGGAAGGGCACUUUAAAUGUCCACACUACAGUUAUAUACCAACCUGCUACAGAUGAAAAAAAAUAACUUGCUGAAUUCUCUGUGAUGUUACCCAAGAGUUGUAUCAUUGUGAUUGGGAUAGGCUUGCAGGGUUUAAAUCAAAUUUAAAUCAAAUCUCAGAGAAUUCCCGAUUCCCUGAGGGCACCCUCUGUAUUCCUGCACAAUCAGAACACACAUACAACAAACCUGGAUUUGACCUUUCUUGUUUGGUUCUUUAGUGUUUGUGUUUGUUUUCCUCAUGGUGGCUUUUUAAAGUGUACCUCCUAUUCCUGUCUUCCGAGCCCAAUGAGGCUGGUUGCCUUCCUUCCGGCGUGUUCCGGCUGAGGGUCGGACAGGGGAGGUAAGGUCGGAGAGGGGCUGACCGAGCAUUUUAGUGUGUGUGUGUGUGUGUGUGUGUGAGAGAGAGAGAGAGAGACAGAGAGUGAGUGAGGGAGAGGGAAUCAGGCAAGGUAAAGGUGUAAAUGUAAUAUAAAGUAAGCUUGAGGAGUGACUUCCAAUCACAUAAAGACGACUGAGUUCAUCCUCUGCCACCACAACCACAACUAUAUUUUAAAUACAAGCAUCACUCACAGGUGUGUGUACUUGACCUCUGAUGCCCCCCUCCUUAAGUGUGUGUGUGUGUCUGUGUCAGAAUAUCGUGGUUGAGUGGCAGGGUAUUCUUGCUGGCUGACCAGCAGAUGAGUUGUGUUUUUUUUUUGUUGUGUGUGUCAUGGUGAUAUUGUAACUGGAUGGUUUGUUGCGCAUGCAAGAGGUGAAGCAGUGUGUGUGUGUGUGCGCGCGUGUGUGUUUGAGAGAGAGAAAGCGAGAGAGAGGGAGACUUCAGGUGUGUGCACAGUAUGUCUGGACAUCACUGUAACCCGACCUGUGGUUUACACGUUACGAGCCAGGUCAGGUCUGCCCUGAAACAAGCACUUUGGUCAGUAGUUUAUUCCUCUACUCCUGGGGGCGGGGCUGGUCAUUUACAGUCCCAAGAAAGAGCUAUGUCUAAUUCCUCUAUUCACAGAUUGAUUGUUUCCCCACAAGAUGUGUAUGUGUGUGUGUGUGUGUGUUUUCUGUGAACAUUUUGUCAACAGAGGAUUUAAGGCUGUUGUCAGCCUUGUUGUCGUCUCUAAUGUAAAAGACAUGUAUAUACUGUAACUCUGUAACAUAUUGUAUAUUCAUUCAGAUUGGUGUGAGUGAGCGAAUGAUGAACCUGGCGCCCCCUAUUGUCCAUGUUUGGCUCAGCGGUCUGAGGGCAGAGAGGGUGACGAUGGUGUUAGAACUCACUGAGCCGUUGCUAGGCAGCGGGUGAAGCGUCACAAUAGCAGACCUGUACUAGAUUAUGAUCGUACUCUUUCUCAGAGGAAGAUCGGAUAACAACCAUUUUUUUAUGAGAUGGGCACUAAAUGAAUGCCAUUACAGAGCACAUCAGAUCUGACAUAUUAUGGUACUGGAAGGGGUUUAGAGUUACCUAUUGGAUCUCUGUGAUCCACUGCCUCCAUUGAGAGUCCCAGCGCUGUGAGCCCAUUGGCUGAGGGGGUUGCCGGGGGAGUCUGGGUAAAUGUAGGUAGGCUGGGGUGCGGUGUGAUUUAAUAAGAAAAAAAGGUUAACUAAAUGAAAUAUUCUAUUUAUUUGGAAUAAGUAUCUGAACUAAUCAGUUUUAAUGCAUCUUAGGCUGUUGGAAACACAAUGAAGGAACCGUGGAGACAUCCAGUUGAAAUGGUUUUCAGCAGUUAUAUUUCUGAUGUGAUUUCUUCCUGACCAUGAUUUUUUUUUUUUCCCUCUUAAAAAUAAAACUGAUUCAGCAAAGCGA